AUGCUACAUCAGGAAAUGCACUGGAAUACAAUUUACAAGAUGCCAGCUGUUGAAGAUCUGAGUAGUGAACAAAACUUUAUUGCACACUGGAUGUCUAACAGUUCCCGUGCUGGAGUUUUAUUAGAUCCUACUUUUACUGGUUUGAAAACCAACAAAGAAAAUCUGUUAUCUGGACCUGAAACAACCACGGCUUUCCCUGCUGAAGUGGUGCAUCUUUCAGACAGCUGUUCUGUAAGCGAUGACUCCUUGUGUGAAGAGCCUGGCAGCCCUUGUACAGGUCAGCAACGUAUCACUGAAACAUCACCAGCAGCAGCAUGUAACACAGAAACCUCUCAAACAGACUUUGUCCACAGUGAAGCUGAUAGUCAGAAUAAAUCUGGUCACAGGGAUCCACUCUUACAAAAGCUUGAACAGCUGAAGGAACUGCAACAACAAAAACAGGAACAGCUGAAGAAACAACAGAUGGAGCAACUUCAAAGGCUAAUGGAAGAGCAGCAGAAGCUCCUUAGCAUGGUAUCUGGCCAGACAGCAGUUCUUGAAAAAAGCAUGUGGUGUCCGGAACAAAAGAUGGAAAUAUUAAUGGGCAGUAAAGACCAUCAUAUUGGUUCUUCAUGUGUGGAAAGUGCAGAUCUCUCUGAAAAUUCCAGUGGAGGAAAACAUUUGUCAACUAAUACAGAGGAAAGACCCAUUAAGGCUGUGAUUCAGGAGAAGAAACAGACAUUUGAAGAAUUCCUGGAAGAACAGAUACGACUGGAAGAGCAGCGUCUGGAGCAAAACCAGAACUUACAGGAGACAAAUGGACCAGCUACUCAAAAACCAGUGGUCAAACGACCCUUCCUGAAAAGAGGAGAAGGCUUGAGAAGAUUCACUAAUGCCAAAUCUAAAACUAUGAAACUUGGAGAAAACACCCCAAAACUUCAACAAAGAGCUUCAGAUGGCAGAAAUGUUAUAAAAGUAGACAGAUCACAAGUACAGAAAAAAACUGUGCUUCCAUGCAAAGAACUGGUUUCUGAGAACCCGGUUGUGCCAUGUAGGAACUACAACCACUCUGAUAAAGCAAAACAUGGUCCUAUUCAGAAGACCUUGGUACUCAGGAAUCACAAUGGAAAAAGUAUCUUACCACUAGAAACAAGAGGGCAACCAGGAAAAAAUCAUGAUGGACAGAUAAGAGAUUCUUUCCCAUCAGAAACUAACAACAAAUUAGAAAACAAAGAGAAUGUAGCAGUAGAAUUUGUGAAAUCUAACACUCGCAUAAUUGGAAACAGAUUACCUGGCACAAGAAAGCCUCAGUUGUCUCAUGAGAUAGCCAGUGCCUUUUCUAAUUCUAAACAUCCUGUAGGUCACCCUGUAAAAGACCCAGAACUGUCUUUUGAAGUUUCAUUUCAGAAUAAGGUGGCAAACUGGGAAAAAGAAAAAGAAAAAGAGAAUAUAGAAUUAGAUGAAUUUUUAUUUCUAGAACAAGCUGCAGAGGAAAUAUCUUUCUCAAGUAAUUCCUCAUUUGUGCAAAGGAUCUUAGAUCAAGAUCAGCAAACUUUAAAAGGCCGUAGAAUGUCUUCUACCCCUAUCAAGGCAAAACAGCAACAAUUAAAGGUGCUGGCUGUUGAACUUACAAAUAGGAGAAAUAAAAAGGCAGACUGUAUGACACAGGGAAAUAUAACUGAUAGAGAAGUUAUGCCUUCAGUCUCAAACUCAGGGACAUCUUUUAAAAUGAAGGAUCCAAUGAGUAAGACAGAUAGUGUAAUAUUUUCAGCUUCUUCCAUGAUAGCAGCACCUGCUUUAAAAAGUAAUCAAUGGGUUGUAAAUGAAGGUAAGAGUGAGGGAACUGGUGAUACUACUACAGAUUCUGAGAGUGAAUUUGAGACCACAUUAAAGCAUGAAAAUGAAGAUGCUAAGACAUCCCUUAUGAGCCACAGAGAAAGUGACUCAGAGUUAUUUGAUUAUGGAAGUUCUGUUACAGACUUGAGCAAAGAAAGCAAAAACGGAGGUGGUGACUUCGGCUUUUCAGGCAAAGAUUGCAAUGGACUGUCAAAACAAAAGAUUAGAAAAGCUUCAGACCAUCAGAGAAGCAUGUCUUGUAUGAGUAAGUUUGAUUUUGAUGAUGAAAGAACAUGGAGUGAUCUUGAUGAAAAUUAUGUUAACAGUGAUUUACCUGAAAAAUACACUAAAAUACCUUUACAGAAAGACUUUUCCAGUAGGAAUGACACAGCUGUCCCAGAUAAAACAAUAAAGAGAAAAGUUGCCUCAAAGAGGGGAGAUGAAAUGUCCAAAGAGUCUGCAAUAGACAGUGAUUCAAAUGGACCUCCUGUAUCAAACCUGAUGAUGAAACUGUUUCCAUCACUGAAACCGAAGCAGAAGUCAGGCUGUCAUCCUGAGCGUGAAGCCAAAUCCAAUGUGGAACAGGAGCCAGGAGGAAACACUGUUCCAUCCCAGGUACUGAGAGAGAGACUCAUUGAACUGGAAACUGAAAUAGAGAGAUUCAGAGCAGAAAAUGCAACUCUAACUAAACUCCGUGAAGAAAGAGAGCAUGCUUUAGCAAAUAUCAGGAAAGAAAUUGCAGACUUUCAACAGCAGAAAGCCCAAGAACUUGCUGAAAUAGAAGAAUAUAAAAAAAAGGAAUUGAAAAAAUUGCAAAAGGAGCGCAAAGUUUUUGAAAAAUAUGCCACGGAAGCUAGAGCAAUUCCUGAUAAAAAAGAACGUGAUGAAAUUCAGGCUUUAAAACAGCAGAUUUCAGAGUUACAGGAGGAUUUAAAGCGAAAAGAGGCAAAGUGGUCAACCACCCAUCGACGCCUGAAAGAUCAAAUAGAAGCUUUAGUAAAUGAGAAUAUGGAGUUAAAAGAGGAAAUCAGAAUUAUGGAGAGGUUCCGUCUAGAAGCCUGGAAGAAAGCAGAAGCUGCUGGAAGCAAGAGGAAAAUAGAAAAUUCUGGGAUGACUCUAAAAAGAGCAGAAUCUGCAUGUCUAGCAAACAGAGGACCAAAAAGUCAAACUGCAUCUCUACUUCAUCCAGUACAGAAGUGCAGCAAGAUGAAUGGCAAAAGUUAUUCACAGUCACAAGGAAAGGUUAACAGAACACCUGCAUCAGCACCUGGCAACGACAGAAACACCUCUGAGACAGUGAUGGCACCAGAUGAUUCUUCUAGGACUUUUAUGGACACACCUAAUGAAGCUCAAGUGCCAUUGCCACCUGGAUCUGCAUCUACAGACAGCGAAGAGACCCAGAGGGAAACAGCUUAUCCUGAUGGAAAGGUUGAAAAGAUUCUGAAGAAUGGCUGUCACCUCAUAUUCUUCCCUAAUGGGACAUGUAAAAAAGUGGGUUCUGAUGGGAAGACUGUAACUAUAACCUUCUUCAAUGGGGAUGUGAAGCAGAUUAUGCCUGAUCAAACAGUGAUUUAUUAUUAUGCUGAUGCUAAGACAACACAUACUACAUACUCUGAUGGCUUAGAGGUCCUGCAGUUUUCAAAUGGACAAAUAGAGAAGCAUUAUCCUGAUGGCAAGAAAGAAAUUACUUUUCCUGAUCAGACUAUCAAAAAUUUAUUUACGGAUGGUCAAGAAGAAAGUAUCUUUCCAGAUGGUACCAUUGUUCGCAUUCAGCGGGAUGGAAGCAAAACUAUAGAGUUCAAUAAUGGUCAGAGAGAGCUACAUACAUCAGAGUUCAAGAGACGGGAGUACCCAGAUGGCACUGUCAAGACUGUGUACGUGAAUGGACAGCAAGAAACAAAGUAUGUCUCUGGGAGAGUAAGGGUAAAGGACAAGGAUGGUAAUAUUAUUAUGGACACUAAACUAUAG